AUGGAAGGUUUAGAAUUAAUCAGCUAAGGAGCAGAAGCAAAAGUCUACAAAGUUAAAAAUUUUCUAGGAGAGCCUGCAAUAAUGAAGGAGAAGUUAGUUAAGGCUUAUAGACAUCCUGAUCUUGAUCAAAGACUAUCAAAAGAGAGAAUUACUUUUGAAGUAAGAAAUAUGAUUAGAGCAAGAAAAGCUGGGAUAAACACUCCUUAUGUUAUGCAAACUGAUUUCGUUUAGCGUAAAAUUUACAUGUAAUAUAUUGAUGGACUCAAACUUAGAGAUUUUUUGUUUCAAUACUAAAAAACUGAGAAUAUGACAGAACUUUUAAAGGAAGUUGGAAGAAUAUUAGCGAAACUACAUGACUCUCAUAUUCUUCAUGGAGAUUUAACAACAUCAAAUAUUAUGGUUACUCAUCCAGUAGCAGAAACAACAAAAUUAUAUGGACAAAUAUAUUUAAUAGAUUUUGGUUUGAGCUACAUAAAAGAUAGCAUUGAAGAAAAGGCAGUAGACUUAUAUGUCUUAGAAAGGGCUUUUAUCAGCACUCAUCCAGAAUUAGAAAAUGAAUUUUAAGAGCUGCUUUAAGAAUAUAAAAGAGUAUGCAAAUAGGGUGAUAAAACAAUAAAAAAACUUAAUGAUGUUCGCAUGAGAGGUAGAAAGAAAGUAGCAUUUGGUUGA